AUCGUCUAUAAAGAAACAGUUUUUGAAAUGAUCAAGUAGAUUGCACUUUGUUUAUUUACUUAUUUAAAAAAGAAAAAGUGCUAAUGAGAUGAACAUAAACAGGGGGAAUUGGAUUAUGAGGAGGAAGAACGGCAGAGCCCAGUUUUAGUGCUUGGUUUCCAAUGUGAAGAAGAUGAAGAACCAAUAUCCUCUUUCAAUCAAAGCCUUGCAAAUAUGGAGAGUGUGUUCUGUCUCUUUUCUUUGUCAUUAAUUUCCAACAUCAAUUAGUACUUCAAACAUGAUCCUAAACUGUCUAUGAUGUUGCAGAAGCUUAAGCAAAAGAUUAGGCAUUUCGAGUGUCUGGCCAAAGUGGAUCCUACCAAUCUAGAAGAAUUAAUGGAUGUCAAAGAAGAAGAGGGUGACAACAACGAUGCCAGAGAGGAAGAGACAGAUGAUGUUGAAGAAAAGGCUAAAUGACUGCUGGAUCAUGUCAACGCGAUCAGUUCAUUUGGGACCUAUAAAAACAAUUUGGACAAACUGCUUUUGGACUUCUUCAAAGAAGAGUUAGAUAGAAAUAAAGAUCAUGGUAGAAAUGAUGAGAUUGAGAAUGAAAUGGUUAUUAGGAUAGCAAAAUCAUGGAUCAGUG